AUGGCGUCCAAUAGCAUUAGCAUUCAAGAGCUGGACAAAUCCGAUAAACCUUCCAAAGUUGAGGAGAAGCUGAUUAAACUGCUCAGCGAGUUUGUUGAUAUGAUUGCUUCCGACGCAAACGUUGAUCUCGGUUGUACACCGAAGUUCCACACAGUCAUCCAGCAGCUGUGCGAAAAAGCCCCGGAAGUAGCACGGACCAUUGCCAAAACGAUGCAGGAGAGCAUUACGAAUUCCCGUGGACGCAAGCGCAAGCCAGCUGAAGAUCCUUCAUACCGCCCAGCAAAGGUAAGAAGACAGAGAAUCGGCUUCCCAGCCAGCAUGUCCGAGCAGAAGCCGGAAUCCGAUGAAGUUCUCGGAGGCUCUACCAAGUCACGCAACGAACACCUAUUGAAGCCUUCACCGUCGCUUCAUGAUCUUCAUGACCAUUCGUCUCAGGCCGGCGGCUGUGGUGAAGAGGGGAAGGAUGUAUUACCUGCAGGAGUUCUAGCCACAAUGGCAAGCAAAGCCCUUUCCACAAGUUCCGAAGAGCCAUUGCGCCGCGCCUCACCAGAGUCAGUACCAUACACAGAACCCACAUCUUCCAAGAUUACAACCGUUACUCCUACAAAACAAACUGAACGUCGUUUAUCUUCACCUCAAACGGAGGAAAUCCAGCGGAAAGCAAUCCCGACAUCACUUGAGAGUAUUACUUCAACUGGACAAUCCACGCGGAUGAGAUUGUUCCCGAACCGACGCUCCAUUAUAGACUUGACUAUCAAAGCCACCCGUACUAUCUGCCACCUUAGCAAACAUAAGGAUGGUGUUCCCUCAGAUGUACAUAAACGAGUCCUUCAAUCGCUGCAACAAGCCCAACUCGGAGUGAGCGCAGAAUGUACCCACCAGAACCAUUGGUCGGAUGGUUCGAUGUGGGUACAGGUACUUGAAAUGGGGGAAUCCCGAAAAGACCGAGUCACUAUACAGAACAUGCUCGAAUACAUAGGAGCUUGGGAGUGGUACAAUACUCAGUUGGAGCUUGCGAAGAAAACAGUCACAACAAAAAAGAAUAAACCAGUUGGGCAGCGGGGCGCAGCAAUGCAUGUAAUGGACCAAAUACAGAACAGAUGGAUCGGUGGAGUGGGAAUAGUUACACUACAGGAAGGUAACUCCCAUUAUCUAUCGGGAAGUGACCCUGCCAGUAUAUCUGCGGAGGAAAAACAUUUGCAACGAAACCGGAUUAGCAUGCAGCUCAACAGAGGCAAGCUGUGUUCCAAACUCGUUAAAGAACUGGGGCUUGGGAUAUUGUUCGAUGAAAAUAUCUGGGCCUAUGUGAAAUCGGGCAUGGAAGAGGUUAAUAAUAUAAUAAAGGCUAUUCAAGCCGACGCAGGACACAUGAAGCUUCUUCAAAUUCUGGCCCCACAGCUAGAACACCUUGUCAAGAUUGGGUUACCAGAUCUUCACAUUUUCUACAAGGACUUGAAAGAAGCAAAGCUACUGUCCGAAAGUGAGCUCCGUCAACUGGAAGGACGUUUUGCUCUAGAAGGGGACCCCCUGCCUGACAGUCAACUUGAGGCAGAGAUUGAUCGUCUUAUCAGAGACGUCAACAUAAAGGUGCUUGAUCAGACCACAUUUGGACGUGAUGAUAUGAUUGCAAUUAACAAUGGUAUGGAGAUACCAUGUGAUAUCUUCGACCGACUUCGCCCGGGCAGAUGGCUGGAUAGUUGGACUAUCAACGCUCUCAUGCAAAUCUCCGAUAAGCCCGCGUUUGUUAAGCAUGAUCUAAGCAUCCCGUUAGACCAGAAGAGUGGUAAUAAUGUUCUUCGGCCGAUCAAACACCCGUUAAGAGCCUGGGCCACGAAGAUGGCUAAGUUUCGGGAAGAGGCCAGGAAAGCCUCUGGGGAAUUGGUCCCUUUGGUUUUUUUCUGCCCAAUCAAUCAUAAAGGUCAACAUUUUUCGUUGCUCGAGAUCAACGAACGAGAGAAGGUUAUACGCCAUUACGAUUCGAUGGCUAAGGUUACUACCAGGCUCCGCAUGACCGAAGUAGUUGAGGAGCAAUUUGGCGAUUUAAAAUUCCCCUACGAAGAAGUGCCUACUCCACAACAGGACGAUGGCUGGAGUUGCGGAAUCAGGACGGUUUGGAAUUUUCGGCACUUAUCGAAUAAUCUCCCAAUUGGAUCAGGCGAUACCGUGCUGAACCCCGAGCGGAUGAUGCUAGAAGUGGUAGAGGGGCUGACAGCCUGCGUGGAGAGUGGCGCCAUGACGAAAUAUAUUCGACGAAGACGCUCAGACCGAGAGAAGCGACCACCGACUUGA